UUUGCAAGAGACAAUUUUCGUCAAAAGAAUUACCAAAUUUUGAGUUUAGAAGCUGCCGAUUUUGCCGUUUCCUGCAGUAAUUUCGACAAAGCGUGGACCAUUUCAGGUUUCGGAGCUGAAGAUCUCGAAACGUUUUAAGCAGAACCCGUUUUGCUCCGUUACGAAUGGUGAUGCGACGCUUUUAUGAGUUCUGUGUUUUGUCGGAUUGCGAAUUUGGUGUUUUCUCUGUGUCCCCAAUAGACAAUAGUCAUACAGGACCCAAAACUGUUUUCCUCUUAUCCUUUCUAAUUCCGAGGCAUCAAAGAUUCAGUUUCGUCAGAACUGAAGGAAUGAACAUGUGUAGUCCCUAGUAUCGCAACUUAACGCCUGCAUAGACAGUACAGUUUCAGAUAACAACCUGUAGUGGAACUAUGAGAAGACCGAGUCAAAUGAUGAGGCUUCUAUUAACAUCCUUUUUCGGUGUCGUAGUUGGUUUCCUUAUGGGUAUUACCUUUCCAACGCUAACCUUAACCAAGAUGAAUCUUCCGUCCACAUUGUUUCCAUCCAUCGAUCUUGCGUACAUUGAGGAUAAAUACUCAGACUUAUCCAGGCAAAGACUGUUUGGUUCUUGGUCUUCCACAAAGGGCCUCGAACUCAAGAAAGACAUCCCUGAUCCUCCCUAUAACUAUAACGACAGUAAGAUAUGGGUUCCUACUAACCCUCGUGGUGCUGAGAGGCUACCACCCGAUAUAGUCACACCUGAAUCAGAUCUGUACCUUCGUCGAUUGUGGGGUGACCCUAAUGAGGAUUUAGCAAUCAAGCAGCGGUAUCUAGUAACGUUUACUGUUGGUUAUGAUCAGAGGAAAAAUAUAGACGCUGCACUGAAGAAGUUCUCAGAUAGCUUCACUAUAAUGCUGUUUCACUAUGAUGGCCGGGCCAGUGAAUGGGAAGAGUUUGAGUGGUCCAAGCGAGCCAUUCAUGUGAGCAUCCAGAAACAAACGAAAUGGUGGUACGCCAAGCGAUUUCUUCAUCCUGACAUAGUUGCCCCCUAUGAAUACAUCUUCAUUUGGGACGAGGAUCUUGGCGUGGAACACUUUGAUUCGGAAAAAUAUCUGGCGGUGGUGAAGAAACAUGGUUUGGAAAUCUCACAGCCUGGGUUAGAGCCGUAUGAAGGGCUCACAUGGGAGAUGACAAAGAAAAGAGACGACACUGAAGUCCACAAGCAUGCUGAUGAGAGGAAUGGCUGGUGCAGUGAUCCAAAUUUGCCCCCUUGUGCAGCAUUCGUUGAGAUUAUGGCUCCUGUUUUCUCCCGGAAGGCAUGGCGCUGUGUAUGGCACAUGAUUCAGAACGAUUUGGUUCAUGGAUGGGGUCUGGACUUUGCGGUUCGAAAAUGUGUUCAGAACGCGCACGAGACAAUUGGAGUUGUAGAUGCUCAGUGGAUUAUUCAUCAAGGCGUUCCAUCACUGGGGAACCAAGGACAACCAGAGCGAGGGAAACAACCAUGGGAAGGGGUGAGGGAAAGGUGCAGAAGAGAGUGGACGAUGUUCCAGGACAGAUUGGAUGAUGCAGAGAAAGCUUAUUUUGAAGCAUCUGCUCACAACAAUGCUUCUUCACGGCUUCACCGGUAACAUCAUUCUUUAGAUAAAGGAAAAACGUCUCUCACUCACUCUAGUAAACUUGUACUCUCUUUGUUUUGCUCCACUAGCUUUGUUCUCGGACAUGUGCUUUCAUGUAGCUCUUACAUGGUUUUCUUACGAGUUGUCAACUUGUUUCACGUAAUUUACAUUUCCCCGGUAUUGAUUGUGAACUUGAUGAUAUAUACAACAAGAAAAUGAGGUUGUACCCUAACAUCGCAGAAACAUCAAAUCUUGAGGAGGCAAU